CCUCAGACGGGAGACGCGGGCCAGACAUGCGGCGGCGGGCCUGGCGGCCUCCGAUGUUGCUGCGGGGAGCCGCGAGGGCAGCAGCGGCGAGGAGGAGCGAGACGAGGGCAGAGGCAAAGACCAUUGUGAGCUGGAAAGGGAGAGAACCUGGAUAGGACCUUGGAUGUCCUGCUCACAGUUGGCAGCUUUUUAUCUGCUCGCAUUCAAUGUCCGCACUCAGUGAGCGCUCUCCAAAGCCUCGCAUGUACUUGAUUGUCCUAUCUCCACUGCAAUGACGCGCACAGAUAAGCGCGGUUCAUAUGCUCGCGCGAUGCUUUUGAACAGUCGUGAGAGGCAUAAUUGCUGCCAUCUGGACUCAAUGAUUCAGAAACUGGGUUCGCAACAUAUGCUAAUUCACGCGUCUCCUUGUUCGGCCAUGCUCCACAGCCCCACGAUGGCCGUGACGAAAGCUAUAAAUAGGCUGACCUGGGCAAGGUAGCACGCGGAAAACGCCCAUUUGACAGAAAUUCGGAGCCGGACAAUGUGCUUGAUAGCGCAGCCAGCGCUGAAGAAGAACGGAAGACGCGGCUGAAUGCUGGAAGCAUGC